UCCAUCGCCCCCUCGGCACUCUGACUGGACACGUCGCUCCUCUGAGAUGGCAGCGGGAAUGGGGGGCUUGGCUGGGUGCCUGUGGCUGCUGCUGCCCCUCCUGGGUGGGCAGCUUGUGGCAGCGGAGGACGUGCUGUCGCAGGUGGAGUUCGUGCUGCGGGGCCGGAGCUCCGAGCAGGGGCCGGGAGAGUACCUGUUCGAGUUCAACAGCAACAACGAGAUCUUCCACGUGGACCUGGAGAAGAAGGAGACGGUCUGGCGGCUGCCCCAGUUCCAGGAGUUCACCGGCUUCCAGGCCGAGGGCGCCCUGGCCAACAUCGCCACCGACCGCCACAACCUGGACAUCCUCAUGAGCCGCUCCAACUACACCCCGGCCCAGAACGUUCCCCCGAAGGUGACGAUGUACCCUGAGAAGCUGGUGGCCCUGGGGGAGCCCAACGUGCUCAUCUGCCUGGCGGACGAGUUCUCGCCCCCGGUAGUGAAGCUCACCUGGCUGAAGAACGGGCAGGAGGUGGAGGAGCACGUGCAGGAGACGGUCUUCUACCCCAGCAGAGACAACGCCUUCCGCAGGUUCUCCUACCUGCCCUUCGUCCCGGAGGCCGAGGACGUCUACUACUGCCGGGUGGAGCACUGGGGCCUGGCCCAGCCCCUCACCAAGGAGUGGAAUGCCAACAUGGCUGAGCCCCUUCCAGAGACGACGGAGAACGUGGUGUGCGGCCUGGGCCUGGCCGUGGGCAUCGUGGGCAUCAUUGUGGGCACCGUCUCUGUCAUCAAGUAUCGGCAGCUGGAUGGGGCCAACUUCCGCCGGAGGGGGCUGUAAUCAAUGGUCAAUGGGCCUCUUCCUUCCAGUGGACAUCUGCGCCUGCCGCUUUGCUGACCUGCAUCCUCCACGGCUUCUUUCUUGGCAAAGCCCCCUCCUCUUGGAUCGGCUCCCCUCAAAGAACCAUGUGGGGGGGGCACGUUCCAGAUCCCCAGCAGCCUUCCAUGUGGCCCCUCCCACCAGUAUGGUGCCCUCACUGAAAUGACCCUGCAGGGUCCCAGCCAGGGGGGUCAUCUGGGAAGGUGCCCCCCCUCAGCGGUGCCCCCCAAGACAGCUCCCCAAGGGCUGAGAGCUCCGGCCUCCAGUGGGCCUGUGGGAAUCCUUUCCAUUUCUUCCAUGACAGAGUUCGUUCUUUGGGCAUUAAUGGCCCUGGGAGGGUCUGUCCCUGAGGCUCUUCCCAAAAGAGAGGGCCCUCCUCCCCCUGCUAUCUGUUUGGGGCCCCCCUCCAGUCCAGGAAAACAGGUGGGGAUUUGCAGUGAGAUGCUUUCACUCUCUUCCCACCUGCUCGGUGUGUGUCUGUUGGGUGGUUCUCUUGCCCUGUUUCUGGUCCCGCUUGGACUCCUGAGUAGAACGUGCCGGCCAUUUGAUUUCUUCCCUGUCAGGGACUUGGAGAGAGCCUGCCUUGGUUCUGGGCAUUGCACUGUUAGGUAGUAUUCCGUCUCCCUGAUAGCAGUCAGUUGGUGAGGAAGGGGAGCUGACGGGGCCUCCUUUGGACUGGCUCCUCUCCUGGGACUUUAACAGCAGUUUGGCAGCUGGAAGUAACGCAGGCGAACCUUUUCUUGGCCUGGAGGAAGAUGGUGGAAAGUCCAUCUGCUUAAUUUCUCUGCUGUUAGAGAAGUGGAGCCGGUAGAAAAGGAAGGAACUGUAGAGAGAGGGAGUGGACAUGAUCCGUGCAGGUGUGGACAGGCAGAGAAGCCAGCAGAAGACUCGGUGUUCUUCAGCAGCGCCCCCCCCCAUCCCAUAAUGCUGAAAUUGGUCCUGGGAAGGAACCCUUCAGUAGCUUGCAGCAUGGAGCCAAAGCCGCUUCCUCUAGAGCCAACCAGCCCUGCACUCAGGCCAGGCUCCUCUUCCAUGGUUCAGGGCUGGGGAGGCGUUUGGGGAGAGAUUUCGCUAUGUAAAUCUACUUGGGGGGGGGCAAGGCCUCUCCGUAGCGAUGCCCCUCCCAACAUUUCCCUAUUGCCAUUUUUCUGAAAAAGGAAUAAAUUGGGGUUUUGUUCAAA